AUGCAAAGUCCUCAUCACUAUCGUUCUUCAUUUUCUUCUUCAUCUUCUUCAUCUCAUCUUCUUCUUUCCGCUGCUGCAAUGGGCGGUAGUGAGUCGGAAUCGAAAUCGGAAUCGGAGUCGGAAUCAUGUAGAGAGGUAGAGCUAGUUUUGAUUCCGUGGCCGGUGAUGGGGCACAUGCAAAUCGUGGAGUUGGCCAAGCUCAUCAUCCACCAUCAAAAGCUCGCCCUUCACCAUAUAGGAACAACCAUUUCAGUGACAGUUCUGCUGAUGAAGCUUCCGGCCGACAUCGACACCGUCAGCGGCUCCUUCAUCGACUCCCUCUCCGCCGCCUCCGCCGUGCCGGGCCUCAACUUCUUCCAGCUACCGCCCACCGACCCGACCCCCGAAUGGAGCUCCAGGACCCGCGGAUUCUUCAUCCACAGCCUCGUUCUCAGUCAAAGAUCAAACGUCGCCGAUUUCCUCCGCACACGGCGCCCCACCAUCCUCGCCGUCGUCACCGACAUGCUCUGCACCUCCAUGAUCGACGUCGCCGCCGAACUCGGACUCCCAUCCUACGUCUUCUUCACUUCCCCUGCCAGUUUCCUCGGCGCCAUGCUCCACUGCCAGUACCUCCACGACGAACAGAACCAGGACGUCGCCGCCUGGGGGACCUCCGGCGCCGACGUGUCCAUCCCUACCUUCCGAAACCCCGUCCCGGUGGCCGUCCUGCCGGCGGUCCUCCUGGACAAGGAACAAUGGCUCCAAAGGUUCCUUCACUAUUCCCGAGGUUUAAGAAAAGCCCGAGGCAUAAUAAUCAACACAUUUCUUGAAUUAGAGACGUACGCCCUCAAUUCGUUCACCCUCGCCGGCGCCGGCAAGGUCCCGCCGGUGUACCCGAUCGGCCCGAUCAUCAAUCGCAGCUUCCACAACGAAGGUCCGUCGGAAGCCCUCCAAUGGCUGGACGCCCAAUCAUCAAGCUCCGUCGUAUUCCUAUGCUUCGGGAGCCAAGGGAGCAUAACGGAGGACCAAAUCAGGGAAUUGGCAAUCGGAAUCGAGGCGAGCGGCGCCGGAUUUCUGUGGUCUCUCCGGCGGCAAUCGGCGGACAGCGAAGCGGCAGCCUUUCCGACGGAAUACGGCGGCGGGUUCGAGGAGGUCCUGCCGGAGGGGUUUCUUCAGAGGACAGAGGGGAGGGGGAGAGUGGUCGGGUGGGUCCCGCAGAUGGAGGUUCUGUCGCAUCCGGCGGUGGCGGGGUUUGUGUCGCACUGCGGGUGGAAUUCGGUGGUGGAGAGCCUCUGGUGCGGCGUGGCGGUGGCGGCGUGGCCGCUGCACGCGGAGCAGCAUAUGAAUGCGUUUCAGGUGGUGAGGGAGCUGGGGCUGGCGGUGGAGCUGACGCUUACAGGGCAUGAGAGGGGCGGCGAGGUGGUGGGGAGGGAGAGAAUCGAGAAGGGGAUCAGAGAAUUAAUGGAUGAAGGUAGCAGUGAGAGGAAGAAGAGAGUGAAGGAGAUGAAGGAGAAGAGCAGGAGAAGUGUGGAGGAAGGAGGAUCUUCUUACAUAUCAUUUCAGAAACUCAUCCAAGAUUUCAUAGCUCACCAUGAUUGA